AUGGACGACAACGAAUCAGCACGUUUUGUGCGUCGAUACUUCGGAUAUCCAUACAUACCCGAACUCGCCCCCAUGUUCGGACCACAUAGACAUAACAUGGGAAACUCCGGCAAUUCCAAUGACGAUGUCAUAACCCCGGUGCGUGACAACCGUCCCAUCGUCCUCCUGCUUCUUCCAGACCGGACAGUCCCGUUCGUUGUAAGCCGCGCCCUGUACGAGCACCGGCUGGCCGUCGUGCAACGGAUCCUCGGCGAGUGGGCCAUUGUCCGUCGCGCCGAGCGCCAAGUCGAGAUAGUCGCAGAACUUUACCGAGACCCAUGCAUGGUCGUCUUGUUCACCCAUACGCUAGAGGGAAUAAGUUCAAGUGCCAGCGGCCCGGACCUGCGCGAGUAUGCGAUGCGCGGGGGCAAGGUUGUCGUCUCGCGCGGCCUGCACGGCUACCAGGCUGACUAG